GUUUCUGGCAACAUUACCAAUAGAAAGAACGUCCACCUGCUGCUGAAUGUGUUUUUGCUGGCAGCAUGCGGAGCCGUCCUCUUGGCCUGCCGCUUCUACUGGAUGGGUAAUAAACCCCCCAACUUCUCCAACUCCGACAACCCGGCAGCUGACUCACCCUCGCUCCUCACCAGGACGCUAACCUUUUUCUACCUGCCUGCCAUCAACUUUUGGCUUCUCCUUUGCCCGAACACACUCAGCUUUGAUUGGUCGAUGGACGCCCUGCCUUUAAUUAGGAGCCUUGCUGAUUGGAGGAACUUUUAUACAGUAGCCUUCUACCUUGGAUUGCUCUUGCUGGCUUGGUUCAGCCUGUGGACGCAACAGACAGCUAAAGGCAAGGAAACCAAUGGCAAAGCGCAUCUUUAUACCAAUGGCAGAAAUGGCAACAGUAAUGGACACAGUUACCAAUAUAACAAUCAUGAACAUAUGAACGAUUCCCACACAGACACUCACAUUAAUAGUGCACAAAAUGGUACCAAAAAGCACUAUGAGAGCAGGACUCCACUGCCUACCACUGAAAAUGUUGUAGUUUUCUCUCUAGGCCUUUUAGCUAUCCCUUUCCUCCCUGCCACAAACUUGUUUUUCUAUGUGGGGUUUGUGAUAGCAGAGAGAGUACUAUACAUCCCCAGCAUGGGCUUUUGCUUGCUGGUGGCAGUGGGGAUGAGGUCUCUGUAUGUGCGUCUGAAGCGCAGGUCCACCAGGAUGAUGUUGCUGUACUGCAGCGCUGCUGUGGUGCUUCUUUUUGGUGUCAAAACUGUUCUGAGGAACAGGGACUGGCAGAAUGAGGAGAUGCUCUACAAGUCAGGGAUUUAUGUCAAUCCUGCUAAAGCAUGGGGCAAUCUCGGAAAUGUCCUGAAGAGCCAGGGCAAGAUGGAGGAGGCUGAACAGGCGUACAGAAAUGCCCUCUAUUACCGCAGCAACAUGGCAGACAUGCUGUAUAACCUCGGUUUGCUGCUACAGGAGAGCAACAAGUUCUCAGAGGCACUCCACUACUAUAAGCUGGCCAUUGGGAGUCGGCCAACUCUGGCUUCGGCCUACUUGAACACAGGCAUCAUCCUGAUGAAUCAGGCUCGCCUAGAUGAGGCCAAGCGCACUUUCCUGACCUGCGCUGAUAUCCCAGAUGAGAACCUGAAGGACCCCCACGCCCAUAAGAGCUCAGUCACCAGCUGCUUGUACAACCUGGGCAAGCUGCUUCAUGAACAGGGACACCAGGAGGAGGCCCUCACAGUGUUUAAAGAAGCAAUACAGAAAAUGCCAAGACAGUUUGCACCACAGAGCCUCUACAACAUGAUGGGAGAGGCCUACAUAAGACUGAACAAGCUGACUGAAGCUGAACACUGGUACAGAGAGUCCCUUCGAGCCAAGCCGGAUCACAUUCCUGCACACCUCACCUAUGGCAAACUCUUGGCUAUGACGGGGCAAAAAACAGAAGCGGAGAGGUACUUCCUGAAGGCCAUCCAACUCGAUCCCACAAAAGGCAACUGUUACAUGCAUUAUGGUCAGUUUUUGUUGGAAGAGUCGCGACUGUUGGAAGCGGCAGAGAUGGCAGAGAAAGCUGCGCGCCUUGACAGCGGAGAGUUUGACGUGGUCUUCAGUGCAGCCCACAUGCUCAGACAAGCCAGCCUAAAUGAGGCAGCCGAGAGGUAUUACGGGCAAGCAGCGAGCCUGAGACCCAAUUAUCCUGCAGCCUUGAUGAACCUGGGGGCAAUCCUCCACCUCAACGGGAAGCUGCAAGAAGCUGAAGCCAAUUACCUUCGAGCACUUCAACUAAAACCGGAUGACACUAUCACCCAGUCCAACUUGCGUAAGCUGUGGAACAUCAUGGAGAAACAGGGCCUGAGGACCACGAGCCCCUGAGCUCAACCCGCCUGCCUACCUGCCAUCUGUAUGACAGACUAGGGGGGAAAGGGCGGCCUACAGGUCCCUCAUUUGCUCUUCUCCUCCUGGAGAGAUAGAGGAGACUCAGGGAGGAUGUUUGCUCAGAGAGGCCAUGACUGUGCCACACGGCCCUCCUAAUGACUCCUGAGCUCUGCAUACACCUCAGGCCAGCAGCUUUCCUCAGUAGCAUUGCUCACAGUUUGGCAGGCACGACAUGGUAUUUGGACUCUUUAGAACUUUCCUCAAAAUUAGUGCUCUCACAGGAACCACAUUUUCUUUCUGUUUUUAUUUUUCUAUAACUAGAGCACUUAAAGUAAGACCAUAGGUACAUCCUUCAACAUUUGUGAUGAAUUAGGGUUUUUUAAAUAAGCAAUUGUAGUUCAAAGCGGUGAAAUUUGUCCCUGAGCAGUGUGAGAUAAAAUAUAAAAGAGAGAAAAUACAUCUCAGAGCUUUGCACUGAGGGUAUUUUCCAUGACAGUUUAAUAAAGUUCUUGGUUUGAUCAGAUGGCAGAUUUUGAUAAUGAAGAAAAUAAGGCAAUAUGAAGAAUUGCAUGCCAUCUAAAAUCUCUAAAUCAAUCAUGUCAAUCAAGUUCAGAUUACUAAAAUCUCCAUUCACAUAUUCAAUUGGUCACUUUGUUUGCUAAUGAGAGAUCACACCCUUAAUAAUGAAGACAUGGAAAUCAUUGCAAACCAUUUGUAGCAGAGGUCCUGAUAUUUGGUGAAAGCCUGAAAAAGGGAAUUUAAUUUGGUAACCAUCACAGCACAACAAUAGCCUCUCAAAGUUUCACAAAGGCUGGAUUUUGCCAAAUACACUAUUCUUUGGCAAGAAAACUCUAAAGCAAAGAAAAAUGGGACUCCUUUCACAUUAUGAUGCCUUAAAAGAAAAAGGUGUGAAUCUUUUUUAGCAGUGUACAGUAGCAUACAGGUGGGAUUUUUACCACUAAUGCUAUUUGUUCUGCUCUGGCAAAGAAGCCAACUCACCAUGAUAACUCGUUCAAUUCGACGACAGUGAGAGGCUAUAAUUGUAAAUAUUAAACUACCUUCUCAUGGAAGUCAGAGACAACAGAGGCAAUUACUGUAGUUUUGGUUACACCUUCUCCCCGCACGCCUGGAGCUUUUACAUAGGAGUGUGCAGAGCCAAAACCGAAAGAGUUCUUCUAACCAAAUACAAAAGCUAUGCCGAUACACACUUUUUCAGCACGGGACAAUGCACAGACAUAGCACGCCUGAGGGAAAUGUCUUAAUGCCUAUGUUUUUGUUGGAAUAAAACUAACUUCAUUGUGUUUGUAUAAAUGAAUCCUAAUAUAUACCUACGGUGUAUAUAGUAUACAGAAAAACAUGCAGCAAAAAAGUAGCCAGACUUAAAGUGUAAGCUCAGAUGAGCAAGUUUGGUUCUUUGGUAUUUCCCAUAUUGUCAAAACUCAGUCUUACAGUCUCAUUUUGUAUAUAUUCUGUGUAAUUAACAUCUAUUUGUUGGUUGUUGUCAGCAUACAGUAAGUGAAAUAGCACCUUCUUGGAAGUAAGAAUAUGUAAAGUAUUUGUGAUCAUUUGAUUGUUAUUGGCCACACACCUCCUGACUUAUCUGUGUCCUUUGUUCAUUCAUUGUUCAUACAUUGUGAGUUAUUGCUUCGUGUUAACUUGGCAACAGAACCAGCUGGCACUGUGUUUUUACAUGUAAAAUGAAGGAAGUUAGCAGAAAUGAUGUCCACAAACAGCUGAGUGUCACUGAUAAAUAUAAAUACAGAGCAACACCUACAAUGGAGGAUAAAACGUAUAACUUAGAAAUAUAUAUGUCACAUGUUACAGUCACAAUGGUGUGAAACACUGCUCCGUUUUUGACUGUGAUGGUCACUAGUGAUAAAUGUCCAGUAAGAUAAUCACCAUUUAUUCCUGCCCCUCACCUCACACUCACACAUAGUCAAACAGCGUGCUCAUUUCUCCUGUGUAUAUAAAGUGUUUAUGAGCAAACACUGAUAAUUGUUAUUGCUUGAGUGAAGAUGUAAAAAAAACAAAAAAAACAAAAAGUGUUUCACUCUGUGUCUCUGCUCAGGGAUCUCAAGAGGUUGGUAAUUGCAGAAACUUGUUCACAGAGCGUUUACUAAAUUAAAGAUUUAUUUUUGAAAGUUGUUGUAUUUGUAUAAAUUAUCGAGAUUUGUAGCCCUUUUUGUAAUAUAAAGAUGAACAACGUGCCAGAAUAGACAUGUUUCUUCCCAAUGUUGCUUUUUUUUCCACAAUAAAUGUAUGGUGUUCUGCUUU